AUGGUAGCAUGUCAUAUUGAUACAUUAGAAGCCUUGGAUAGAAGAUUAGCUAAAGCAUUCCCAGAUACAGGGUUGUUGUAUCCUGUCAAAGAAUGCAAGCUUUUGGAUGAGAUUGUUUUGUUUCCUGAGUCCGAAGAGAGUACAGGUUUAAGAUUCUUGCAUGUCGGUCAAGUUGAGAUAUCUUUGAGGGAGAAAAAUCAGGUACUUGUGAUGUUCGCUUCUCUGAGAAUGGAGAACGAUGUGGUGGCUAGUGAUAUGCUGGCGGUGUUUGAAUUUUCUGAUGUUUUCCCUAAAGAUAUUUGUGACUUGCCUUUGGAAUGUGAAGUUGGGUUCGCCAUAGUUUUAGUACCUAGUACUAGACCAAUGUUGAUGGCUUCAUGCAAGGUGUUUGUGUUAGAGUUGGAUGAGCUGAAGAGGCAGUUAGAAGACCCGCUUGAGAAGAAAUUCGUCAAAAUAAGUGUAUCUCCUAGGGGAGCUCAAAUGUUGUUAGUGGAAAAAAAAGACGACAUUAUGAGAUUUUGUGUUGAUUAUCGCCAGCUGAACAAGGUUAUUAUCAAGAAUAAGUAUCAUCUUCUCAAAAUCGAUGAUCUUAUGGAUUGA